UCUUUUGGCAACUCGAGGGUUCCCAUCCUCGUUUCAGUUUGGAGGUCGAACCUGAAAUUUAUGAAAUUAAAAGAUGGUUUUGGGUUUAUUUAAAAAUUUGGGACGCUUACCGGCGGGUUAUAAUGAACGAGUUCAUGGCCCGUAUGAUCCUUCUAUGUUUUAUGGAAAAAAAGAUAUACCAUUGUCUGAUGUAAAAGUUGGAGAAUUAGGUUCAUGGCUUGCAAGAAGAAAUAAAUCUCCAUCUGCAAUGACUGGAGCUAUAAGUAGAGCAUUUUGGCGCUGGCAGUUCAAGUAUGUUUUGCCUAAAAAAUCAGGAUUGGUACCUUAUGUGCAUUUUGUAGUUGGAUUAAUGGGUAUAUUUUAUGUCAUCAACUAUGAGCAUAUUAAAUAUCACAAGCACUUCAAGCAUCAUUGGUAAGAUGUCUGAAAAUGUUAAAAAUAAAUUUUGUAGCCUGAAAUAUCUACUCAUAAAAGAAGUUUAUUUGUAAAAGAAAUUCAUGGAAGACAUCAACAAUUGCAAUUAAAUAUUAAUCCUUUUGAAAAGUAGAAUAAAAAUGUAUAAAAAUA